CGAUGCGGGGACGAACGUAUUCAGUUGAGUAUCCUCUCCUGUCGCCAUCAAGUCAAACCCGAGGCCGCCACACCUGUGCCGACAUCCUCAGAGGAAGAAAAACAAGAACAGUUCGGAUUGAUGCUCGCAGUUCGCCAUUUUCCUCCAAAUUGACCGUUACAAAGUGAAGUUUUUUUUCUUCCCCUAAAAAAGCGCAGGUUUGGAAUCACGGGGAUUCAGUGAGUUCAUUGUCGCCUCAGCUGAGGUCCUCGGCUGUUGCGUUGCGUCCAUCCCACACGCAUAAACAAGAGCGUCGGGAUUUAAGAGACUGCAGUCAAGAUGAUGUCCUACAUAAAACAACCUCAUUACACCAUGAACGGGUUAAAUUUGCCCGGCCCGGGAAUGGACGUGCUGCACACAACCGUCGCUUAUCCGUCCACGCCAAGGAAGCAGCGACGGGAAAGGACCACCUUCACCAGAACACAAUUGGACAUCCUGGAGGCCCUGUUCUCCAAAACCCGAUACCCGGACAUCUUCAUGAGGGAGGAAGUGGCCCUCAAGAUCAACCUGCCUGAGUCACGUGUGCAGGUGUGGUUCAAGAACCGACGUGCCAAGUGCCGUCAGCAGCAGCAGCAGAGCAGCGGCCAGUCCAAACCCCGCCCCCCCAAGAAGAAGGCCUCUCCAGUCCAGGAGGCCAGUGCCCCCGAUCCCGUUCCGAAUCCUUCCGACUCCUUCAGCCCCUCGUCGGCCCAGUCGGGCUCCGGCCUGGUCCAGAGCUCCGGCGCGGGAAACACCUCCGUGUCAAUCUGGAGUCCGGCCAUAUCACCCCUCCCUGACCCGCUGGCCUCCUCCACAGCCCCCUGCAUGCAGAGGCCCUCACCUUACCCGAUGAGCUACGGCCAGCCGUCGGCCUACGCCCAAGGCUACACCAGCACCACCUCCUACUUCACAGGCCUGGACUGCAGCGCCUACCUGUCCCCCAUGCACUCGCAGCUCUCGGGCACCGGGGGCGCUCUCAGCCCCAUCACCGUGCCCUCUAUGGGGGGCUCCCUAAGCCAAUCGCCCGCCUCGCUGUCUUCGCAGGGCUACAGCACCGCCUCCUCCCUUGGCUUCACCUCGGUGGACUGCCUGGACUACAAGGACCAGCAGGCCUGGAAACUGGGGUUCACUACAAUGGACUGCCUGGACCAUAAGGACCAAAACUCCUGGAAGUUCCAGGUCCUCUAGAAAGCACCACAGGGCAGCAUCCAGAUUGGUUAGUGUGAGGCAUGCUGCUUAUUUUUCUUUUGUAUAAGUUUAAUUUCACUAUCAGGCUAGUGUUGCUUUUAGGGGGACAUGCCCAAGUUAAAAAAAAUGGCACCCAUUCACAAAAUUCUUUAUACAAAAAAAAGUGCAUAUACUUAUGUAUUGAUUUCUUUUCUGUUAUGUUUUGAUUUAUGCUCACACAACUAACACAGGUCGAAGAAAGUCUAUUCUCUACAUUCCUAUUCAAAUGCCAGAUUUGGUGAUAUACAAAAAUGACAUCCAGGUAAAUCAUUUCAUAACUUUUUACACCAUACAUUUUAGGGUGGGUCAAGGUGGGCGCCGGAAAUCUGCAGGUACACAAUUCUCACAAAGGACUUGAAAAAAAAUGUCCUGAAAAUAUCAAAACAUUGGCGGUGAUUGAUGACAGAAAGGCAAAUAUUGUUUUUGUUUUUAAAAAUAUUGAUAGAAAGGGCACUUUUUUUCCAUCCAGAAUUUAAGGGCUGGUGCACAAACACCAAUCAGGGUCUGUGCGUGCACGUGCCUGGUAGAGAAGCUCUUUUCCAGCCUUAUACAUUUAGACAGCAAAUGCUGACAGGCUACAAACCAAUUUUAUAACCACAGGAUCAAAAAGCCUUUUUUUCCAGUUUGUAGGAGGCCUGCACAAGAAAACAAACUGAGAGAACUCCUUCGUUAACACGAUGGACUCGGCGAGUUAAGGAGAGCUGCAAACGUCUCGACUUUCAAUUUCUUUGGAUUUCUUUCUUUCAUUAUAUGUCAUUUGUUCGCAUCGAUGUAUUCUUGAGCAUUUGUAUUCAGUUCUACAGUGUUUUGCGUUUAGUGUCAUCGUCCAAAUUCGGUUUGACAAUUAUGACCUUUCUGGGGGUUUUUUUUUAGUUGUGUGUCAUAUUAAGACGGUUUGUUCCUGUUAGAUAGAGGUCAGUAUGAACACUUCAUGUUCCGGUCAGGUCCAAAGCGUCAUGUUCGUCAUUUCCUCGGUCCGUCUUGGUUAUUUUUGUUGAGCUGAUUCUGGAAGUGUCCCAAUCCUCUUAGCCACCCUUCAGCAAUGCUCUAAGUGAAUUACUUGGGAUUAUUGCCCUAUCCUCCUCUCUUUUUGUCUCUGUCAACUCCUCUCCUUCCUUUUCCCAGGUCUCUUGCUUUUUCCACUACUACUUCUUGUGUUGCUUUUUUUUCUUUCCAGUUGCUAUUUGUGUGUCUUCUAUUUGCAUGCCAUUUAUGACAGUUUCUUGAGUCAUCGAACUGAAUUCCUUUUCACAGUGGCUCAAACACCCCCCCCCCCCCGAUAUCACUAUAUGAAUCAUCCCCUUCUUUCCACCCUUGCCACACUCCUCCUCUGACAAUUUGGUAAUCCCGCCAUGACCUGAUUACCGCCACACGAAUGUCCAAUGCAUCCAACAACAUGUUUAUGUUGCAAAUGCCAUCCCGUCCAAUCCUUCCAACUCUAGAUAUUCAAUGACUUUUAAUGCAUUUAAUUUGCUAUGUUUCUAAAUCUUGAUUGAUUUCCAUUUCGUUUUAUUGUAUUGAUGCGUAGAGGUUUUAUAAAUUCAUUUUGGAUGUGAUUUCAAAAAAGAACAAAGAAAAAAAAAGUACAUUAAAAUGACGUCAGAUGUAAUCUUCACAUAAAUAAUAAAACCGGAUUAUAUUU